GCCAGAGUGAGACUAAUCGAAUCCCUCACUGACGAGCUACUGACGCCCCAACGAGUAAACAGUGAAGCAUGCGCAUGCUAAAUCUCGCGAGUUUACCAAAACGGGAAACGAUCAAACGGAAUUGGAUUAGAAGCGCUAAUAAAAUAAUGCAACAACAUUAGUGAGUAUUUGGAACCUGGAACACGAUGCAUGGCGAACAAGCAUUUAGUAGGAAAUAUAUAUUUGAAAGGAAAUUGCAUCCUCCUCGAUUUUGUUGAUGAAAAGCGCCAUUUAUUUUCUGCCGGUCGAAUUCACUCAACUCUUCACUUUUUCUUAUCCUGGCUUUGAUUAACAAAAGCCUCCCUAUCAAAUAGAAUCUACUGGAGAAAAGCUGUGCUGUGGUGUCCAAUGAGUUGUGAGAGACAUGGACAACAGACUGGGUCUGGGUGAUGAGGAGGAGAGAGAUGUGGGGACCCUGUGGUGCUCUUUGGACUGGCUGACGUCCUGUGUGAUGGUGGUUGGAGGGGCUCUGCCCUACGCCUCACAGUACCAGCAGAUCCUUCGGACCAAGAACACAGACGGCUUCUCUACACGCGUCUGUCUGGUUCUGCUGGUCGCUAACAUCCUCCGCAUUCUCUUCUGGUUUGGGAAGCAGUUUGAGGUGACUCUGCUCCUGCAGAGUGUGGUGAUGAUUCUCACCAUGCUGGUGAUGCUCAACCUCUGCUGCUCUGUACAGAACACCAACCGUAUCAGCACCAAACAGCACCACAUCACAGAUCUGGACCCCCGGUUCUUUUGGAACUGGGAUGGCUUUGAGGACUACCUCAUCUUCAUGUUGGCCUUCACGCUGCCCUGUGCCUUCACCACCCUUAUCCUCCUGGACUCCUCUCUGUUUGUGGAGUCCCUGGGCUUCCUGGCCGUGCUGACGGAGGCCAUGCUGGGGCUCCCACAGCUGCUCCAGAACCAACGCAACCACUCCACCACCGGCAUGAGUGUGAACAUGGUCCUACUGUGGAUGGCCGGGGACAGCUUCAAGUCGGCCUACUUUGCCCUGAAGGAGAGCCCCCUCCAGUUCCUGUUGUGUGGGCUGACUCAGGUACUGGUGGAUCUGGCUAUCCUCUAUCAAGUGUGUCUCUACAGCCAAGACCCCUGGGACAAACUGGCUUAACUAACCCUAACCCUAGCUAACUCUAACCCUAGCUAACCCCAACUAACCCUAACUAACCCUAGCGAACUAUAACUAACCCUAACUAACCCCAACCCUAACAAACUCUAACCCCAUCUAACUAACCCUAGCUAACUAUAACUAACCCUAACAAACUCUAACCCCAGAUAACUCUUACCCUAACUAACUCUAACCCUAACUAACUCUAACCCUAAUUAACUCAAACCCUAAUUAACUCUAACCCAAACUAACUCUAGCCCUAACUAGCUCUAGCCCUAACUAACUCCUACCCUAGCUAACUCCUACCCUAGCUAACUCUAACCCUAACUAACCCUAGCCCUAACUAACUCUAGCCCUAACUAACUCUAGCCCUAACUAACUCUAACCUAAACUAACUCUAACCCUAGCUAACUCUAGCCAUAACUAACUCUAACCCUAACUAACCCUAACUAACUCUAGCCCUAACUAACUCUAGCCCUAACUAACUCUAGCCCUAACUAACCCUAGCUAACCCUAACUAACUCUAACCCUAGCUAACUCUAACCCUAGCUAACUCUAGCCCUAGCUAACUCUAACUCUAGCCCUAACUAACUAACUAACUAACUAACUAACCAACUAACUAACCCUAACUAACUCUAACCCUAACUAACUCUAACUAACUCUAGCCCUAACUAACUCUAGCCCUAACUAACUCUAGCCCUAACUAACUCUAGCCCUAACUAACUAACUCUAGCCCUAACUAACUCUAACCCUAGCUAACUCUAACCCUAGCUAACUCUAACCCUAGCUAACUCUAACCCUAGCUAACUCUAACCCUAGCUAACUCUAAGCCUAGCUAACCCUAACCCUAACUAACUAACUAACUAACUAACCCUAACUAACUCUAACCCUAACUGACUCUAACUCUAGCCCUAACUAACUCUAGCCCUAACUAACUCUAGCCCUAACUAACUCUAGCCCUAACUAACUCUAGCCCUAGCUAACUCUAGCCCUAACUAACUCUAGCCCUAACUAACUAACUAACCCUAACUAACUAACUAACCCUAGCUAACUCUAACCCUAGCUAACUCUAACCCUAGCUAACUCUAACCCUAACUAACUAACUAACUAACUAACUAACUAACUAACUAACCCUAACUAACUAACUAACCCUAACUAACUCUAACCCUAACUAACUCUAACUCUAGCCCUAACUAACUCUAACUCUAGCCCUAACUAACUCUAGCCCUAACUAACUCUAGCCCUAACUAACUCUAGCCCUAACUAACUCUAGCCCUAACUAACUCUAGCCCUAACUAACUAACUAACCCUAGCUAACUCUAACCCUAGCUAACUCUAACCCUAGCUAACUCUAGCCCUAGCUAACUCUAACCCUAACUAACUCUAACCCUAACUAACUCUAGCCCUAGCUAACUCUAGCCCUAACUAACUAACUAACCCUAGCUAACUCUAACCCUAGCUAACUCUAACCCUAGCUAACUCUAGCCCUAGCUAACUCUAGCCCUAGCUAACUCUAGCCCUAACUAACUAACUAACCCUAGCUAACUCUAACCCUAGCUAACUCUAAUCCUAGCUAACUCUAGCCCUAGCUAACUCUAGCCCUAGCUAAAUCUAGCCCUAGCUAACUCUAGCCCUAACUAACCCUAGCUUGGAGAGGAGUAGAAGGUGCUCAACUAAGGUGAGAUGAGGUUCAACCUGGCCACAUCUACAUCAUGUUUAUUGUGGUACACUGGAAACAAGUUUAGAUAGUACCUCCCUGUUUCUGUCAGUUUGAGAGCGUUUUGUUGCAUUUCCUGUCUACUGACAACAGCUACAGGGUCAACAACACAUGUCAACACAGGAAGAGCCACCAGUAGGAGUCAGACAUAACAGUCAUAUACUACAAUACAAAGCGCGGAUAUACUGAGUGGACAAAGCAUUAGGAACACCUGCUCUUUCCAUGACAUAGACUGACCAGGUGAAUACAGGUGGAAGCUAUGAUCCCUUAUUGAUGUCACUUGUUAAAUCCACUUCAAUCAGUGUAGACGAGAGGGAGGAGACAGUUUAAAGGACUUUUAAGACUUGAGACAUGGAUUGUGUACGUGUGCCAUUCAGAGGGUGAAUGGGCAAGACAACAUAUUUCAGUGCCUUUAAAUGGGGUAUGUCAAGAACUGCAACGCUGCUGGGUUUUUCACGCUCAACAGUGUCCCCCGUGUGUAUCAAGACUGGUCCACCACCCAAAGGACAUCCAGCCAACUUUGACACAACUGUGGGAAGCAUUAGAGUCAACAUGGGUCAGCAUCCCUACGGAACACGUUCAACACCUUGUAGAAUCCAUGACCCAAAGAAGGCUGUUCUGAGGGCCAAAGGGAGGUGUUCCUAAUAUUUUGUCCACUCAGUGUAGUUCCCAGGAGUGAACACCAUUUCUAUUCAAGCUCAUGUUGAUUGAUCUUCAUGAGAAGACCAGUAUUUAUGAAGUUUCCAGGUUUCUCAUGAAUGUAUUCAUGUAUUUAUUUGGUCCGUUUUUUCUUUUUUAAUUCGAGCUAUUUUGACUUGAGUUGUAUGAGAAGUGUUCAGUAUUUAUUCAGUUGCCAUGUUGCUCUUGAAUGUUAUAUUUAUAUUUUGUGAAUCUGUUGUUUUAAAAAAAAGUUUUAGUUUGAUGUUGAUACAGUUAUUUAUUUGGACGGCCAGUCCUCGCCUCGCUCUUCUGUAAUGCUUCAUGUCUUCACAGUAAUGCAUACUACUUGCUUCAAGUAUACUUCGAGGAUAAGAACACAAUUUCUGUUUUUAAAAGUGUUUGUUCAUGAAAAUAAAUGUGACAUUAAAUUGUU